CGGACGCGCUAUCUCCGAGACCGCAACGACUGUACUCUUCACUGAGGACUGAUGUUGAGCUUGACUCAUGAUUAUAGUUUUCGAAGGUCCAUGGCUUCUCGACACAAUAGUGUUCGCAGGGGCCAAUCAACACGAUGCGCCUCCCAUCUGGCCCGCCGCCGAUAAUACGCGUCGCCAAUGGCACUUUCUACCGCCACCAACCGACCUCCAUCGCAACUUCGGCAUCGGCAUCUCACACACCUGGGGCUGCACACGCCCAUCCGAAUCCGGCCUUCUUCAAGGACCUAACCUUCGAGCUACCAUCACGAAGCGAGUUUCCGCAAAACUGGUGCAUCGUCGGCCCGUCCCUCUCCGGCAAAACCACCUUCCUGCAGAUUCUCCGCGGCCAGCACGUCUGCUCCCCCCCGACAGCCAGGUCCUUCCCCUACCUCGCCACCGACGAAGUUCCCCACCACUUGCGCACACCGUCUCGCGCGAUCCAGUAUGUCGGCUUUGACUCCCAGGGCGGAGGCGUCGUCGCGCCCGCCGCAGCAACCUACCUGUCGGCGCGGUACGAGUCUCGGAGGGAAAUCACGGAUUUCUUGCUGCGCGACUUCCUCCUGGGCAAUAUGCAGCUGAACCCGUCCAAGCUGCCCGACGACGAGGGCGUCGACGAGAAACUGCUGAAGCGGGUGCUGGUGGAUCUCCGGCUCGAGAGCCUGCUCGACCUCCCCGUGACAUUCCUGUCCAACGGCCAGGGCCGGCGGGCGCGCAUUGCGCGGGCGCUGCUCACGAGCCCCGAGCUCCUCCUGCUGGAUGAGCCGUUCAUGGGCUUGGAUCCGCCGACUGUGACUGGGCUGAGUCCGCUGCUGCACUCGCUGGCGGAGAAGGCGAGUCCGAGGCUGGUGCUGAGUGCCAGGCCGCAAGACCCUUUGCCAGAGUGGAUCACGCAUUUGGUGUACCUCAGGACGGAUGCCCAGAUCGGCGCCAUGGGUUCCAAGGACACUGUGCUGGAGGGAUUGAGGGAGUACGUGCGAGGGGUGCGCAACGGCGCACUCGCCGAGGAUGAGACGCUGCCUGUGCAUGCGCUGAGUGAGAUGGGGAGGACUCUCACCAACCAUGGCAUCACCGGCAAAGGCAUUGCCGAGGAUUUUUCUAUUAGCUUGGCUAGGACAAAUGCCAAGGCUGCGACAAGUAAGAGCCUAGGGGAGCCGCUGAUCGAGAUGAACGGCUGCAAGGUCAAGUACGGCGACAAGGUGGCUCUGGGUAACUGGACCGAAGAGCGAGACGGGCAAAAAUUCGAUGGACUGUACUGGACCGUCCGGCGGGGAGAGAGAUGGGGCGUCUUUGGACCAAACGGCUCCGGCAAGACAACCAUCGUCUCCCUCCUCUGCUCUGACCACCCGCAGACCUACUCCCUCCCGAUCAAGCUGUUUGGCCGCAGCAGACUGCCCGAGCAGGGAUCCGGCGAGCGGGCCCUGACCUUCUGGGAUAUCCAGUCGCGCAUCGGCCACUCGAGCCCCGAGAUCCACCGGCACAUGCCGCGCAACUUGACGGUGCGGCAGGUGCUUGAGAGCGCCUGGGCAGACACCUUCCGCAGCAAGCCGAAGCUCGACAGCAGCGCCACGGAGCAGGUCGAGGCCACGCUGAGGUGGUUCGAGCACGAGCUUAACCCUGGCGUCUACAGGCAGUCGCAGCAGCAGUCUGCGUCCGACCUGGCUUGGGCCAGCGACUACAUGUUUAGCGAGCUGUCGUUCAGCGCCCAGCGCAUCCUGCUCUUCCUCCGGGCCAUCAUCAAGCACCCCGACGUGGUGGUGCUCGACGAGGCGUUUGGAGGCAUGGACGACGCCGUCCGCGACAAGUGCAUGCUUUUUCUCGCGUACGGGGAGGAGAAAAUGUACUCGGUGAGUUCCAAACAGGGGAGGGGGUCGUUGACAGCGGCGGCCGUGGUCGACAGCCCUGCGGUAAAGGCGGGCACUGUCAAGGUGAAGGGUCUCUCGGCGCGGCAGGCCCUGAUUUGUAUUAGCCAUGUUAAAGAGGAGGUGCCCGACUGCGUGAGCAAGUGGCUGUGCCUGCCCGAAGCUAACACGGGGCUCCCCGCGAGGUUUGGGCGGUUGGACGGUCCGCUGCGGGCCAGCUCAAGGCACUGGGCCGAGAUUUGGAGUGUUGGGCAGGGAAUGUGAACGGGUAGGCAGUGAACAUCAAUGCAAACUGGAUGUACAUACAUGAGGCACCAUCACAGACAGUGAGUGUCUACACAGUAUUGUGCAAGGGGCGGGUGCAGGGGGGACGUUAACCCUAACCCAC